AUGAUUCAGGAACGUAAAGAUUUUAUUGCUAUAUGUAGAAAACUCAAGUUGGAAGUACUGGAGUUACUUCGCACCAAGUAUGAACUUCCUCAGGAAUCUCUUAAUUGGGUGGAUCAACUUAUCGAGUACAAUUGCAUUGGUGGUAAACUUAAUCGGGGCCUUAGUGUUAUUGAUUGCACAAAGGCGAUGGCCCCGGGUACAAUUCUUACUCCAGAGCUUAAAGAGAAGGCGGGUGUGCUGGGAUGGUGCAUUGAAUGGCUCCAAGCAUUUUUUCUUGUAGCCGAUGAUAUCAUGGACGAUUCCAUCACGCGUCGCGGACAGCCGUGCUGGUUUCGUAAGCCCAAUGUGAAGAUGAUUGCUAUUAAUGACGCGUUCCUGCUCGAAGCGUUUGUCUUUCAGAUCCUCAAAAAGCACUUUCGCUCGGAGCCAUUUUAUUUGAACUUGGUUGAUACUUUCCACGAUGUUGUCUUUCACACGGAGAUCGGACAACUGCUGGAUUUGACAUCCCAACCCUUGGACGGCGAAGUAGACCUUGAUCGUUUCACGAGUGAGCGGUACCGCCAAAUUGCGAUUAAUAAGACGGCAUACUACACGUUUUACCUCUCGGCUGCAUGCGCCAUGAUUCUGAACGGAGUAGUCGACGAAGCCUUGCACGACGCAGCCAAGAAUAUUUGCGCACAGAUUGGCGAGUAUUUCCAGAUCCAGGACGAUUUUUUGGACUGCUACGGUGACGAAAAGGUGAUUGGCAAGGUGGGCACGGAUAUCCAGGAUAACAAAUGUAGCUGGCUGGUUGUCCAGGCGCUUGACCGUGCGACGCCUGCGCAAAGGAAAACGCUGAAGGAAAAUUACGGCCGCAACGACCCUGAUGCCAUUGCAGCCGUCAAGAAGCUAUACAAUGAGCUUGAUCUCGUUGCAGCUUACCAUCAAUACGAGGAUGAGACGUACAAAACGCUUUUUGAAGAGAUAGCACAAAUGGUGAUGAUGCCGUCAGAGGUGUUCACCUUCCUCGUUAGCAAGAUUUUCAAGCGUAACAAGUAA